AUGAAUUCAAGAUCAUCUUCUUUAAAUCCGUUUGCAUCGCCCUACACGCCACUCUCAAAAAGAGUUGGUUCUGAUGUGGACAAGGGCUUUGGUCCUGCACAAGAAUUCAAUAGAAGAAAUGAGGCGUAUGGGAAUCAUUCUGAAAACAUUUUGCCCCAACAAAGUCACCGCCAGAAACCUUCUUGGAAUGAUGGAGCAAUACCGGCUGCUGGUGACUUCUCCAAAUGGAAGAAGAACGAUCAUCGUGGUGGCGAAUACUUUAGUUCAUCGUCUCGAUAUGCUCCAUCAAAUGAAAUGAUGACUCAAGAAAAGACAAAUGUUGAUGAAGACAUGGAUUUAGCUUACCUUCAGAUGACCUUUCCAGGAAUAUCGUAUGAAUCCCUUCACAGCGUCUACAUAACCAGCAGAUGCGAUCUGGAUGCUGCAGUCGACAUGAUAAAUCAGCUUGAGAUCCAACCUCAUGAUCCAUCAGAUAAGCUUCCCGACUCUCUGGACAUCGGUGAUGUUCCUGAAAUGGGCGCCGGGUCGUCACAGAAAGCCAAAGGGGCUUCUUCAACCUCGGGGUGGUAA